UGCUAUGAUAAAUAUUCACAACAGAAUCUACGAAAUGCUGCGAAAAUACGCGGGCACUCCUUCUGGGCCAGAGGCCCUGAUAAUGCUGGUCAUUACAAUUCUAGGCCACAUGAAACUGGAUUUUUCUGUGAACGAGGAGAUUAUGACAGUUAUUAUGGUCGUUUCUUCCUUCACUGGUAUGCCAAGUCCUUAAUAGAUCAUGCUGAUAGUGUGCUGUACCUUGCAAGCCUUGCAUUUGAGGAAACACAGAUAGUUGUUAAGAUUCCUGCAGUGUAUUGGUGGUACAAAACUACAAGCCAUGCAGCAGAACUCACGGCUGGAUACUAUAACUCUACAAACCAGGAUGGAUACAGUCCAGUUUUUGAGGUACUCAAGAAACACUCUGUGACGGUGAAGUUUGUCUGCUUAGGAUUGCAAAUGUCAUGUCAGGACAUCAGUGAAGCAUUGGCUGAUCCGGAAGGCUUGAGUUGGCAGGUUUUAAAUUCAUCCUGGGAUCGAGGAUUGGCUGUUGCCGGUCAUAAUUCCGUUCCAAUUUACGAUAGAGAAGGAUUUAUGAGAAUAGCUGAGACUGCAAAGCCAAGAAAUGAUCCUGAUCGCCGCCAUUUUUCAUUCUUUACAUUUCAGCGGCCAUCACCUUUGGUUCGGAGGACGAUAUGUUUCUCAGAAUUGGAAUACUUUAUCAAAUGUAUGCAUGGUAUUGUUUUCUGAAAAUUACUCAUGUUUGCUUCACAUUUCCAGUUUGAGUUUAAUUUAUAGCACAGCUGUAAAAUGUCUCCUUUUCAAGCUUUAGACUACCUUUAUGGAUAUCAAAUUAUAGAAUUUAUUAAAAUCACAGAUGUAAUUAUUUUAGUCAAUAUUUAUAAUGGAUAAUUUGG